AAAAAGAGAGAGAGAACCAAUUAAAACGUAGUUAAUUAAUUAUACUCAAUCGUAUGUAUAUAGGAUUCUCACAAAAAGAACCAACUCGACAUUCAAGUCGUAGCUGAGAUCCAGGAGAUCACUCUCCUAUUAUUUCUUCACUUUAGUUAUUAACUGUUCCUUUAAUUCCCCAUGUCAAGAAGAAACAUGGGGAGCAAAAAAAGAGACCAUACCAAAGAUUGUGAAUUUUUUCUCUCUUUCUCUGUAUAUAUAUACGCAGAUUUUGUCUACAAGAAGGAAUAGAGAGAAUUAAAGAAGGAAAUGAAGAUGGAGGAGAUAAAGAAAAGGUUAAAGAGAUCAAAUGUAUUGAUAGGAAUGUUAACAGUUCAAGCAAUAGCAACUGGAUUACAACUUCUUUCAAAGGUGAUAUUAAGUAAAGGGACCUUUGUUUUCGCACUCAUGGCUUACCGUCAUGUCGUCGCCACUCUUUGUAUCGCACCUUUUGCUUUUAUUUGGGAAAGAGAUAGCUUGAAGAAAGUGACAUGGUCCGUUUUUUUCUGGCUUUUCAUGAUCGCAUUAACCGGGAUCAUUAUGGCUAUGGGACUUUUCUAUUAUGGCCUCCGAGACACGACUGCAACAUAUGCUACUAACUUCCUCAAUCUAAUUCCAAUAGUAACCUUUAUCUUCUCAACUGUGUUACGUGUUGAAAAGCUAAGACUGAAGACCAAGGCUGGUAAAGUUAAACUUAUAGGUGCAAUGUUGUGCUUGGCUGGAGCACUGACUAUUACUCUCUACAAAGGCAAAGUGUUCUAUAUCAGUCAUCACAACAAGCAUGAAAAUAGUUCCAAGGAUCAUACGAAUAUGAUUCGUGGAACUAUUUUCUUGAUAUGUAGCUGCAUGUCUUAUGGUUGUUGGUUCCUUAUACAGGCCAAGGUGUCUAAAGUGUUUCCCUACAAAUAUUCUUCAACAUUUAUUAUAUGCGUAAUUGCAACUAUCCAAAGCGUAAUUGUUGGAGUAUGCAUUGAUAGAAGAAAGGCCUCUUGGAAGCUGGGAUUAAAUUUGCAGCUACUUACCAUCUUUUACUCAGGAGCGUUAGCAACAGCAGCAACAUUUUGCCUGAUAUCAUGGGCAGUCACAAGAAGAGGACCAACGUACCCCUCUAUGUUCAAUCCUCUGUCUUUGAUUUUUAUAGCUAUCACAGAAGCUGCCUUUCUUGGUGAAGAAAUCAGUAUCGGAAGCUUGAUUGGCAUGUUUCUGAUCAUAGUGGGAUUGUACUCGUUCCUGCGGGCAAAGAGCAAAGAGCUCACAGUACGAAUUGAAUCGGAUGCAGUGGAUGCUGAAGCAUCACCACCUCAAAAUGAAGGAAUGCAUUCUAUAAAUAUGGAAAUUCCAAUUUUAGCACGCGAAAGUGCUAAAAUUCAAUCAAUAGCAGUAGAAGUACCUACCCCUAUUCAAACACAAGAAGAAAAGGAAUCCAAUGUGUCCAGCAAGAUAAACAAAUUAACAGAAAAGCACUAAAAAUUAGUAGUAGUAUUAAGUUUUAAUUUAGGGGUCGUUUGGUUUGAAUACGGCUUAUGCCGGGAUAAGUUAUACUGGUAUAAGUUAUGCUGGAAUUGUUUUUUAUCCAUUGUUUGGUAUGUUGUAUUAAAUAUGACAAUUGCAUAAUCUGUAACAAGAGUGUAUAAGUUAUACCGGUUCUAAUUACCCCACCCUCUAUAAGGUAUAAGUUAUCCCGAUGUUAAUUUUAAUUCUGGGAUAACUUAUACCUGAUUUGCUAACCAAACGAAAUAUUAAGGUGGUGUUAAAUUUUUAUACCAGCACUAUACCUUCUUAUACCUUUUACCAAACGACCCUUAGUGGUGAAUGAUUUAAUAGGAGUUGCUUUCAACGACAUUUGGAGGAACUAGUUUUGCCACGGAAUUCAGUACUCUUUGUCCCUUCGAUACUUCAAGAGCCUCUAACCCUCAGGUGGUGUAUACUGAUGAAUUAAAGCCAAUAUUCAAUAUACAGUGUCAACUUGAUUCA